AAAUUAUUUUUGUGUAAAUGAAGUGUCAAAAUGGGAGUGAAAACCGAAGAAAACAAUCUGAAAUUAAUAUUUUUUUCACUCUGAUAGUGGAAAAGAUCUCAGUUAUGACAUUAUAACUUUAAUACCGAAAUGUUUACCAAAAAAUCCCAUCAAGAUGUUAAAAAAUCUACAGUUAAAAUUCAGGAUUCGAAGAAGGAUUCAGCAACUCGGCUAAAGCACUUAAAAAUCGUAUUAGAACAUUAUGAUGCUGAUGAAGCAAAAGCAUAUUUUGAGGCAAACUUCAGUCAUGUCUACUUCAUAUUGUAUGAUAACUUCAUACAGGCGGAAAAUAAUCUGCGUCAGAGAGAACUACCAUUCCACCUUGUGCACAAGGCGGGGAGGGAAGAAUUAGAAGGAGCCUUGUGUCUUUUAGAAAAAGUAUUAUGCCUCCUCCCCGAGUUGAUUGGGAAAAGAUGGCAGCUACACUCUUUGACAAGAGUAUUUUCAAAACUCCUCCAUAGCUGGAAUUCACAAAAACUUCGAGCAGAAGCUAUAAGAUACUUCCUUCUCUGGUACCAAGCACUAGGUGACAAUGCGCCACUCGAAGUUCAUAAAAUGUUUGCGUCACUGGUGCCUGGCCUUCCGGAGCCCAACAUCAUGCCAUCUGGCUCCCCCCUCAAGGCGAUGCAUGAUGCUUCGGGAAACAUCUCACAUGAGUCCAACGAGUUCAGCAUGGAGGACAUCCUACAGCACCCAAAUUUUACCGCCACCACAGAUAAUGCAAAGAAAGUAGUCGUAGAACAGACACCUUCGGGCAUAAUUGGGAAAAUAGCUAAUGUUUCAGCUUCUAUAUUCCAUGAUACAAACGCAUUAAAUCCCGUCCAAUCUGUCGAAAUUCAACCCUUAUUGCCGGCUAGCGCCAACGAGAGGCCAGUGGAAAAUGAGACCAAAUAUUUUUUUGAAAUAUUACUGGAUGGUAUGGCGACAUCGGUCACGAAAAUACACUGGAAAGAUCGCUCGCACGCGAAAGCUAUGAGAUGUUUCGCAUUCCUCCUAGAAAAGUUCAAAUUGUAUUAUUUGCCUGUAAUAUGUCCGCAGUUUAACCAUAAAAAUUCGUUAUACAAGCCUAAUUUAGAACUACCUGUACAGCACAACGUUCUAGAAGACGACUUUGUUUUGUGCCGCGUGACAUUGAUUAAAUGGGUGGCGAACUUCGCGCACUUCAUGAAAAAACAGGGCAGUGACGGGGGUCAGCCCUCCUCCAUGACGAGCACGGGCUCGCACCUCCCGCACUCUAGCACUCCCACCCCGGCCACCUCCCUGCACCACGAGGAGGAGACCUCCUUCACUGUCGGCCACCCCUCCGACUCCAGCAGAGCUUCGUCACAUGAUUCCGCCUCUAACACUCCGCAUCCAAGUUUGGAAUCAGGCUCAGGAGUAUACGAAGAGAUAAGUUCAGAACAAGUCGUCCGAGACGUGCUAUGCUGCUCUUCUCGAGAGCACGUGGACUUCACUAUAGAGGUGCUGCGGCAGGCGUUCCUGCUGCCGUUCUCUCACGCCGCGGCCACCAGGCGCGUCAUCGCGCUCUACAAGGACUGGAUCCAGAUGAAUGUGGCAGAGAUCCCCCCAUUCCUGAUGGAGAACACGUACGAGCAGCAGCUGGUGGCGGCGGGCGAGCCGCUGGCGCCGCCGCGGCGCCUGCGCAACGACUCCUACCUCGGCGCGCUCGGCAGAGACAACGUCAUGGUGCGCGCCGGACUGCAGAAUGUGCUCCAAAUAUUCAUGACGCAAGCUGCGAACGUGUUCCUAGCGUCGCCGUCACCGGUGGCGCCACCUGGCGCGCUCAGCCAGCAACAACUGCUGGACGAACAGACCGACACCUGCAAGAGAGUACUCAACAUAUACAGAUACAUGGUCAUGCAUGUGGCCAUGGACGCUAAUUCUUGGGAACAACUGCUGUUGGUACUCCUUCAAAUCACGUCGCUCGUCCUGACAAAGGUGCUGCCCAAACGAAAACAAGAAUCAUUAGGCGGGUUUCUAGCGCCAGCGUUAUUCCAAACUCUUAUAGUGACGUGGAUCAAAGCUAACCUGAACGUGGCGGUGAAGCCGGAGCUGUGGCAGAACUUCAUGGAGUUGCUGUCGCGGCUCACUCACUGGGAGGAGCUCAUCAAGGAGUGGGCGAAAACAAUGGAGACCCUGACGCGGGUGCUGGCGCGUCACGUGUACUCGCUGGAGCUGUCGGAGGGCGGGGGCGGCGGUGGGGGCGGGGAGCGGGGGCGGGGACGCCGUGCCACUCCCGCGCCCGCGCCCGCGCCGCCGCGCGCCCCCGUGCCUCAUCCGCCGCCCCACGCUGACGCUAACACGCCUGGUAAAUCGCCGAAAGUAGGUCACGAGUCGCACCCGCGCAAGGAGGCGAACUCCAGAAGACAAUUGCCGCGCUGCCGCAGCGACCCACACAUCGCUAAACAUGCGCACGCGCCAUCUAGUACCGAAGAGACCAAAGAAGCACAAAUUAGUAGCAAGACAAGGAGAUGGUACUCACUGGACUCAUUGAGACAAACGUCGAGUCAUGACGAACGGGACUCUGCGAGCGGAUCCCGCUCACCGUCGCCGGCGCCUUCUAGCGGCGUUGAGAGCAGCUCGAUUAAAGAUUCCCCGCUGCAGAUUGAUCUGGCUUCUGAUGGCGGCAACGUCGAGUGGUCAGAACAAGAGUCGCUGGGGUCGGGUCGCGGUGUGGGCGGUGUGGGCGGUGUGGGCGGUGUGGGGUGUGCGGGAGGCGCGGGUGUGGGCGUGGCGCUGGGCGGCAGCGCGCGCGGCUGGCUGCCGGACGUGGCGGCCGUGCUGUGGCGCCGCAUGCUGGCCGCGCUCGGCGACCCCAACCUGCUGCACGACCCCGCCGCGCACAAGCAUCUCUACGUCUACCUCAUACACCUCAACCAAACUCUGCUCAAGAUCAGUGCGAAUCAGACUCUGAAUGGAAACACCGAGAUCCAUGUGCCGUUCAACUUGGUGGCGGGAUGGUGUCUCGAGGCCGAGGCUCUGCCACCCACGCACAGGGCCGGCAAACUGCUGGCGUUACGGUUGCUGUGCGAAUCGACACAGGCGCAGGGCCCUGGUUCCCCUUCCGCCUGCAGCGGGUUACAUCUUGCGCAUUUGCAUCUCUACCAGCGCGCAUUACAUCAUGGCCUGACCGGCGAAGAUCGGUCAGUAGUAGACGUGUUAGUGGAAUACGCGGCACCGCGGUACCUGUCCCUGGCUCUGGACGGCUACUCGCUGCUGCUGCUGGACUUCGUGCACGCCUCCACUGUGGUGCUCAACUCGUCCGACAUGACGCCCGAGUGUCCCCGCACGGCCGCCGUGACGUUCUUAGGGUCCCUGUUGUCGCUCCCCGACGGACUGAUGAAUGCACCGAUGUUGCAGCCUUACCCGCACCAAUACAAUACGGUGUCUUGUCCUGAUCUCAAGGAACACGUGCUAAAUAUAGUAGUGCGCGUAUGCCGACGCGAAGGGUCAGCGUCCGCGAGGUGCGCCGGCGCAACGGCUCUGUGCGCACACGUGACGCACCUGCUGGCCACGCGCACCUACACUGAGAGACUGCCCGCCUGCGUCACGUGUCUGCUGCAGAUGUUGAUGAUGAAAAACAAAACUAUAGCUAAAGUGGUAAGCGACUGUAUUUUGGUGCUAGCCGACUAUACAGAUCGAAUCGUGGAGCAAUAUCCAGGACUUGCCGGCAAAAUAAUCAAAUGGAUUUGCGCAUGCCUCGGCCAAAUAUCGUCAAACAGCAAUCGGGAAUCCGUGAAGCCUCUAGCGGGCUCGCUCUUGCUCUGCCUCGCAGAAUUCGCCGUGCGCUGCGGGCCCACUUAUCUGAUGCAAGAGAAGGACGGCAAGCAAACUUUGCUGCUACUUAUAUUCAGAGUACUUAAUGCGGUUAUGAAAGGCACGAGCGGCUCGGACAUCGAAGGUCUGACUUUGCCGGUAGACGAAGACUUCGACCCCAACGUGCAGUCAGUUAACUUAGGACCAAAGACUUCACCAGCCUCCACCAUUGACGUCAAACUUUGGGCUCAAACGAUAUGCACACAGCUAGUGCUGUUCCUUGGGCACUGGCCGCUAUGGAGCGGCUGCCAGCUGUCUUCAAGCGUGUGCGAACAACACGACAGCCCCUCGCUGGGAGGCUCCUUAGGGCCGCCGGUCCUCACGGCGCCGCAUAUACAACUGAUGAGGCUGAGCGAUUCCACGCUGGCGUCCUUUGUUGAACUACCCGCGUUGGACAUGCCUGCGGGGGGCGCGGGGGGAACUACGCCAGGUCUAUCGACAUCGGACCGCCAGGUGCGGGUGCUGCUCCGCGACAUCGCCGGCAAGGCGUGCUGGGACGCCUCCGCCUUGCAUUACGACCCGUCCAAUUCUUCUGUGGAGACCCUGGAACUGCUACCGAUGCCGGAAAUUGUGGAGAGCCCCCGUCACAACACACUGUCGUCGCUGCCUCCGCCGCUGCCGCCCGACCUGCUUCCGGACUACAAGAACUCGCCGCCUGACAAACAUCAGCUGGACCACGUACUCGCAUACAUCGGCCACACGUCACCGGAAGUGGUCUGCGGACGUAGACUGGACGCGGGCAGCGUGUCAGUGCUGCCGGCCGGCGCCGAGCAGCAACUGGUGGCCGCGCUGCAGGCGCACCGCAACGCUGAGAGGCUCUAUCUCAGCCGGGAGAGUGAACAAGAGCCGGAGAGGACCGAAUGUCCGAGCGGUGGCGUGUCGCCGUUCGCAGUGAGCCGGCUGCUGCUGGCGCAGCUGGGCUCACUGGCGCCCGCGCGUCGCCCGCACGCGCAGCUGCUGCGCCGCUCCGACCGGCUGCUGCGCGAGCUGCGGAACCUGGACGCGCUACGGUGUCGAGAAACGCACAAAGUGGCCGUCAUAUACGUGGGAAAAGGACAGGAAACCCGCAAUGAAAUCCUGUCCAACCGCUGCGGGAGCCCUGCUUAUGAAGCUUUCUUGGCUGCUCUAGCUUGGGAGGUGGAGCUGGAGAGCCACGUGGGGUUCACGGGAGGGCUGCGCGGCGGCGGCGGCGGCGGCGUCAGCGCGCCGUACCUGGCGUCGCUGACGCUGGAGGCGCUGUUCCACGUGGCCACGCGCAUGCCCGCCGACUCGCCCGACGCUCUCCUGCACAAGACUCGUCACCUCGGCAACGACGAAGUGCACGUGGUGUGGAGCGAGCACUGGCGGCCGUACAAGCGCGACACUCUGCCCACACAGUUCUGCGACGUGCUCAUCGUGCUGUACCCGCUGGACGGGGGGCUGCUGCGGUGCACUGUCACUAGGAAGCCCGACGUUGCAAUAUUCGGACCUCUGUGGGAAGAGUGCAUAAUCCGCGUGAGCUGUGGCGCGGCGUUGGUGCGAGCGGCGGCGUUCUGCGGCGGGCGCUCCGUGCGCGCCACCAUGCCGCUGUACCAACACGCGUAUGCCGAGAGGGCCAGGAGUUUGGACGCCUUGGUCACCCAUCACACGCAGCCAACGACCUUUGAGAACUUCGUGGAGAGGAUACGGGAACCUGUGCCGCCGCAGCAGACUGCUUCCGCUACACUACCAGAGGGCGGCAGCGGGCGGUUGGCAGCAGCGCUGCUGGACCACGGCGCGGCGUGGGGCGGCGGCGACGGGCCCGCGGUGUCCCCGCGGCCCGCCAAGCGGCUGGGGCCCUUCAAGCGCGGGCCCGGCUUGCCCGCGCCGCUCACCGCCCCGCCGCACGUGCCGCAGUCCGCGCCGCCCAUGCCCGCGCCGCGCCGAAACCGGUGAACUACACUUUGGAAUUCGAACACAACACAUUCUUAAUACUAACAGAGAACUGGCUGAAAACGAUGUCCUAAAUAAUUUCUAUAUUGGCCAUUGACUGAUGUGUAUGGUUAUUCUCACUUACUCCUAUAUGGAUCUAUAAAUACCAGGAUGUAAAUGAGUCGUAAUGAGAAAGUGUGACAGGCGCGGAUGAUGGCUGAAACUUACGCCAACGCGUGACAGACACGACAUGUCAAGCCCACAAUUGAUUAUUUACUGGAAAAAUGUUAAACAAUAUUAUUUUACGGCGGCAUGUAUCCAAGGCUAAAAUAGACAUGUAACUAAAAAAUAUUUUUUUUGCUUAGCAUCCUAUCUCAACUUGGGUACUCGAAAUUUAUCACAUUUUAGAAGCUCUAAAGCUAACUGCACAUUAUACCAAGAUCGCCACGGAAAACCAUAAUAUGUUGUAUUAAUAUUGGAGGUAAUUAAGAGUUCAUAAUUGAAUAUGGCUCUAUUAAGCAUACUUAUUUUAAAUGAAGAUUGAAUAAGUUUAUAUUCAACGUAGGUAGGUAGUUUUGGUACAUUUAUUUGAACCUUAUUUUUUAAACAUAAAUUAAAAAUAGGCAGUAUUUUUUAUGUGAAGGUUAUUUUUACAUUAAUUAAUUCUUUAUUUUCAUUAUUUAAUAACAGUAAUAACGAAGAAAACAAUAAAAUUGCAGAGUGCCAGAAGUUUGUUAUGCAACUUUACAGUGCUAUUGUUAGCUUAUUGUUGAAAAUAUCAAGACUUGUUUUUAUGAUUAUAUAAUUUUUUAAAACAAUUUAAAAUAAUAGCCUCUAGAGCGUCAUGCUACCUACCAUGAAGAAGAAAUAAACAUUAUUAUUAUGUACUUAUUUCAAAUACUAUUACAAUUCUAUUUUUUAUAUCUUUUUUAAAAUACCAUCUAUGAGUAUUAUAGUAUACUGAUCGUUUUUAAAUAUUUGUUGCGAAAAACAAAUGGAUUUGAGAUUAAUGUGAAAUCACAUUAAAUAUUAUUUGAUUCGUCCAAUUAGAGAUUCUUAGCACUGUAACUUCGUACUUAAUUAUUUAUUAUGUAAGCUUUUUAACUAUAUAAUAGUAUCGCAUUUAAAUCAUAUAUCUUUGCUAUGUUAAAUUUGGUUGUAUGCAUACUAGCAAUAUUAAUAUUUCACGAAGUUUUUGAUCAUCUUACAUUGCUAACAAAAUUUUACAUAGCAUCAAUACAAUUUCUGUAAAUAUGUAAACUAGUUGUAGAGCUUUAACUGUCGUAGUUGAAUUUACAAUACUAUGUAGUUUCUGUUAUUACUUAUUUGUCGGUAUAAAUGUUCCGUACAAUUCCUUAAUUACUUUACUCAAAACUAAGUACUAAUUUGUUUAAGAGCAAAUGCGUAAAUGCACUUAACCUCAGCCUUCUUGGUGUGCAUCUUUGCAUCUGUUGCUAGGCAACUUAAACAUUUUACUAUGAGGGUAUUUUUUGGUCGUAAACUGCUCAUUAACAUUUUUAUGUUGAGUUUAGUUGACUUAGCUCACAUAAUACCUAUUUUACAUGUUUCUCUUAUUAUUUUCACAUUUUGUUAGGGACUUCACAAAAUACAGAAUGUCGUUAUUAUUAGUAGUACUACACAACUCGUAACCCUCAAGCAAAUAAUUUAUUUCACAAAACUUUUUUAAAAUCUAAAUGGUGCUUUUACAUGAAAUAUUUUUUAUGUAAAUUAAAAUCUAAAUAAGACCGGCAUCAAUUUUAGCACACACCCCUCUUUAUAUACAAAGCCGCGAGCAUAUUUUGUAGAAGCCUAUUUAUAUAAAACAUUCCAUGUAGUGCAUGACCUAGGGAAAAGUAUAACAUGGGAAAUUAUAAAAAGGUUUCUUUGCAUUUAAGUUUAUUCAUGUACUAAAUGCAUUCCAAACAAAUAUUUUUGAUGAAUCUGUAUUUGUUUCUCAAUAUUAUAUAGGUAACUGUUAUUACUGUAAUUUGUUGGGUGAAAAAUACAUUGGUUACAUUUUAAUUUAACAGUAUUUUUAUAGAUGUUAAGACUGACACAAGAUUAUGUAUUGAAAUAAUUGAGUAUUAAAUUAAUAUCUUAUUUCUAUAAAAUAAUGUGGUGGUAUCACUAUUUAUUGUAGUUAAUUUAUUAAUAUUUGUUGAUCCAAUUAAUUGCUUCACUGAAUAAUUGUCUUAUGUUAUUUCAGUAAUUUGAAAAUAUAUAAUAACCUACAGACAUAUUGUAACCAAAUUUUUAUAUUUAAAACUGCAAAAAAAAAUAAAGUUGUUAAACUUUCCAA